UCAGCAUUCGUUAUUCUUCGUGUGAAACGCCGGUUGAAAAAUGGUCCAAAUCGUCGGUAAAUACCAACACGUCUCGAACGAGAACUUCGAAGAGUUCAUGAAAGCUCUUGGCCACCCGGAGCUGGUCAUCCCGUUCCUGCAAUCGAAGGCCGUCGUCGAGGUCCAGAGGAACGCCGACCAAUGGACCAUCACAGUCACCUCUGACGGAAAGAGCAGCGCAGCUACCUUCAAGGUGAACGAACCCUACGAGGAGAAGCUGCCCUCUUCCGACCGGAAAUUCCAGAGCGUGACAACACAGGAAGGCAACAAUUUCAUAACGGAAACACAACUAGGCGAUACCCUUAAAGUCGUCCGAUUGUACGAAUUCACGGACACUGAGAUGAAAGUGUACCUGUCCAUGAACAAGACCGACAUCAAGGCAACGCGUACAUAUAAGAGGCUCUAA